CGAAUGAGUUUCAAUUUUACUGGAUUACAGAACAAAGAAAAAGGGGAAAGGGACACCCUGCUCUCUGAAAGGGCAUAAACUACAAACCCAGAAAAUAAAACAGAAUAAAAACAUCUCGGUUUGCAGGAGUCACCGGCCUGUUAGCGGAGGGAUGCGGAUUACGCUGUUUUAGCGGACAUUGCUGGAUGGGAAUUGCGGCUGUUUCUGAUGGAUUAAAACGGGGAAUAAACCGGGAUUGACAGCAGCAACAAGGCUAUUUAAUCGCUAAUUAAGGUAUGGCUCAGAUGAGGAAGUUGGCGUGUGAUGGCCUGAGGAGCAGCUCCCGCAGCGAGCCACAGGUCCAGCUGGUGUCUGCCAGACAGGAGAUCCUCACCAGCCUGGUGUCUGCCCUCGACUCAGUGUGCAUGGCCAUGUCUAAACUCAAUGCGGAGGUGGCGUGCGUCACCGUGCACGAGGACAGCGUGAUCGCAGUGGGAACCGAAAAGGGCAGAGUGUUCCUCAACUCCAGGAGGGAAAUCCAAACGGACUUCUACAAGUUUUGCCGAACGCCGUGUCUACAGAGUCUGACUGCAGUCGGCGCCCUUACCAAAGACCAGGAGGGGGAUCCUAGCAAACUGAGUAAAGACGGAGAGCAUGGGAAGCAACGAGCGCCAUCAGACCCGCAGUCCAACAUCUUUGUUCUGAGGAAGAUGGUGGAGGAAGUCUUCACAGUGCUCUAUAGUGAGGCUUUGGGUAAAAGCAGCCUGGUCCCUGUGCCUUACGAGUGGAUCCAGAAGGACCCCGGGUGUGUUGUGGCCCACGGUUUCCCUGAGGGAAUCACCCUGAAGAAGCCAUCAGAGUAUGACACUAAGGCCCUGAUGAAGAUCCUGGAGCACAGCCACCGCAUCCACUUCACAGUAAAGAGGCAAGCUGAAGAUUUGUCCAGAGAAGCCAAGCCAAGCGCCGAGGUGAGUAGCAACCCCUCCGUCGCCGUGGGAACACAGAGCAGCCAUAUUGCUGGAAAGACGACCUGCCAGGCUGUUACCUCACCAAACCCAGCCACCUCCAGCAACUCGGUUCUGUCAAACUUCUUGUAUGGGAUGCCCAUGUCCUCCAAGCCCCACCCUGACAGCAAGCUAGACUUCAAACCUGCAACCCUCCUCAGUCUGGGCAAGGACAGGCUGGCCAGCUGGACGGACAGGGGUUCCUCUGGGAAGGACGGAGCCAGCACGGAUGAUCUAACAAGACUUCCUGCUGAUCAGGGUCAGAGUCCGCCUGGCGUCCACAUCUCUAAACGACUGCUCUUCUCUAUCGUGCAUGAAAAAUCAGAAAAAUGGGACUCCUUUAUACGGGAGACUGAAGACAUCAAUACGCUGAGAGAGUGCGUUCAAAUCCUGUUCAACAGCCGAUACGCGGAGGCUCUCGGUCUCGACCACAUGGUGCCUGUUCCCUACCGCAAAAUCGCCUGCGAUCCAGGAGCCGUGGAGAUCAUCGGCAUCCCGGAUCAGAUCCCCUUCAAGAGGCCGUGCACGUACGGCGUGCCCAAGCUCAAACGCAUCCUGGAGGAGCGCCACGGCAUUAGAUUCAUCAUCAAACGAAUGUUUGAUGAGAGGAUUUUUACUGCUGCAGGCAAGAUUGCCAGGGAGGAGGGAAAGCUGGACACGGGCCCUGCGCCUGAGGACGGCUUCUCGGACUGUCUGGGCAUCCCUCCCACCGCGGCCGAGCUGCUCAGCAACGCUCACAGCAGCAGAUCAACGAGUGCUUGUGUGAGUCCCCAGGCUGACUCUGAUGCAGGUCCUUCAGGAGAUGCAGUUCCUGUGAGGAGGAUUAAAAUGGAGCCUCCAGAAGGGGAUGUCAUUCAGGUUACAGUGCCUGAUGCUAGCACUAGCGGGGAGGAGCCUGUUGAGUGUUUGGCCGAGCCGGUUCCAUCCGCUCCGUCUCCAACCACGGCUUCGCCGACCUCGUCUUUGACCCCUGCUCCUCCACCUCCCCACCACCCAAAGGAGACCCCCCCAGCCGAGGCUUUGUCCCCCACAGGAGCUUCUCCCAGCAUCCGCAGACCCACUGAAGCUGGGAGUUUGGUGGAGGACAUCGGUGAAAUGAUCCUUCAGCUCCGGAGACAAGUGGAGAGCCUGUUCAGCAUCAAGUACGCUGAAGCUCUGGGUCUUCCAGAACCAGCCAGGGUGCCGUACUCCAGGUUUCAGAUGUAUCCAGAGCAUCUAUACGUCACCGGCCUGCCGGAAGGAAUCUCCAUCCGAAGGCCCAACUGCUUCGGAGCGGCUAAGCUGCGCAAGAUCCUGGCUGCCAGCGCUCACAUCCAGUUUGUUAUCAAAAGGCCGGAGCUUUUAGCUGAACAAGUUAAACAAGAGAUGCCUUUGAUGUCCGUAUGUGAAGCAGAGCCAGACGCCAACGAUGCAACACCAGCAGAGGACGCAGCAGCUCUGUCCAAGAGACCCGGAUUCUCAGAGUGCAUGGAGUCCAAGCUGUCCAGGAUCGACCUGGCCAACACGCUGCGGGAGCAGGUCCAGGAUCUCUUCAACAGGAAGUACGGGGAGGCGUUGGGCAUCAAGUACCCCGUCCAAGUGCCUUACAAGAGGAUCAAGAACAACCCUGACUCCGUCAUCAUCGAAGGCCUCCCCCCCGGCAUCCCCUUCAGGAAGCCCUGCACAUUCGGCUCCCAGAACCUGGAGAGGAUCCUGGCCGUCGCUGAUAAAAUCAGCUUCACCAUCACCAGACCAUUUCAAGGACUUAUUCCUAAACCAGCACCUCGUCGGGUCACUUUACUAAAGAAGGCCUAUGCCUCUAUAAGCGACGAUGACGACAUGAACCGCAUGGGCGAGAAAGUGGUCCUCCGAGAGCAAGUCAAGGAGCUUUUUAACAAGAAAUAUGGUGAGGCCCUGGGCUCCGACCGCUCCGUGGUUGUCCCCUACAAGCUGAUCCGUGGCAGUCCCGAGUCUGUAGAAGUCAGCGGCCUUCCGGACGACGUCCCCCUCCGAAACCCCAACACCUACGACAUCGUGUGUUUGGAGAAAAUCCUUCAAGCUGCGGAUAAAAUAACGUUCAACGUGAAGAGCCAGCUGCAACCUUUUGCAGAAAUCUGCAGCCAGGCUUGUAACACAGUAGGAACAGACGCCUCGACUAACCGACGGAAACGCAAGAGAGUCCAUGAGAGCAGCCGCAUACCCGCUUCCUCUGACCUGGGGAUAUCAGCCAAUCAGAUUCCAGUUAUGCAGUGGCCCAUGUACAUGGUGGACUACAGUGGAGUUAACGUCCAGGUUCCCGGGAAGGUGAAUUACUGAAGGACAAACUGCAGCAAAGAGAUUUAAGGAGGCAUCGGUUUCUCUUCCAUUAAGGACACUAAACCGUUUCCAGAGGAACAAGUCAUGCCAAUCUCUGCAGAACCAUUUUAUAAAAGCUGCAGGUUCGACUCCGAAGGAGAGGAAGCCCAGAAUGUAUGUGUGUCAGAAAGCUUGGCUUGUUUUGCUUUUUAAGGAAAAAAAAAAAAGACUUAUUUAACUUUUUAAAGCUGGAAACAUCACUAACAUCAUGUUAUUUCCUUUUUUCAGUUACAAAGUGUCCGUCUACUGAGUCAACAUUUUAAGUUGAGCAUUUGGCUGCAGAAAUGAUCUAGUUCUGUUCAACUAUUUGUACUUUUUUAUUUAUUAUAUUUAUUCAAAUAUAACAUUUUGUGCAGGGAUGUAAAAUAUAUUAUUCUGUCAUACUUUGAGGAACUCAUUACACUAACUCAGAUUAAUAUAGGUAGCUGCUAAUCUACAGACUGAAACAGCAGCUUUUAAGUGUCUUAAGUUGUUUUGUUCAUCAUGAGAUAAAAAAAGAAAAAAAAAGGACUAAAGUUUUGGUCAGCAGGAAGUACUUUAACUGUUAACAUUAACGUGUAAAAUAUGUCAUUUUAAGUCAGCCUGAAUGUAUCUUGUAAAGAAAAGAAUGGUAUGUUACUCUGCGAUGACCGUCUGGACUAAUUAUAUUUAAUAUGCUGUACCUUAACGCCAGUUAGGCCUUUCAAAUAAAAUGUGUUGCCUUGCACUUUCAA